CCACGUCUUAGAACGCCGUAUGUUUCGAUAAAUUCGGUUUAAAAAAAAUGAAACAGCUGCUUUUCUAUCAUAUGCCUUUUGUUUCUAUCGAGAAAACAACCUCUCAACUUAAUGAACAAAUUAGUACCGCGAGAGGGGCAAGAGGCAGGGAGCUACAUUUUAUUCAAGUAAAAAGACUUCUAAACUACAUAGAGCAAGGUGACUCGAGUUUGUAAAUUCAACAUUCCGAGUUUACAUUUGGCUGUGUGGACUGUCAUUUGCCCUGAGGAGUUCCGUACAUUGUGGCUUUAACAUCUACACCUCGACGCGUGAUAAUUCUUCGGGGUUUUCCUGUUUGGAUAAAAACACUGCUUUCGGGAUUUUAUCCGUCGCUUAUCAGAGCGCCUUGUUCGCUAUGAAUGAUUCGGAGGCUGUUAAAACAAGCGAUCAUGCCUUACUGGAUUUUGUCAGCUUGGCCACAAGCAACAUUAAGCUCGCUCUAGGACGGCCCGUGAAGCCAAAGAGAAAGGUGAACCACCGAAAAUAUCUGCAAAGACAGCUUUGUGGCAAGGCCUCUCGCACUCUAUCACCCAUGGUUAACCCGAUAGAGUUCGUCAACUUUACGAAACCGGAAGACGAGGAUCGACAACGCGCAAUACAAAGUGACGGGAAAAUGCAACGAGUUUGCUCAGCCGCCAGUGACGUUCCUAAGCGAAGCUAUGCAAAACGCGACCAAGUGAAAGUCUUUUUGCAGAAACCUAAAGCACAGGGGAGCGCUUCGGCGAUUGCCGAUGUCAAGAAAUUCCCUGCUGCCGACUGCAAUGCCGACACACCUUCGCCGUUCAAAAAGCGAAAACGCGGGGGCAGUGCCGACACGAAUAAGAACUCGCGUGUGAACGCUAGCUUUAACCGUCAAAGUCAUUUUCAUCAUGGCAUGAAUACUGAUCUUCACCAGAGAGGAGAAGCGGAGAUUUUCGAAUGGUUUGGACCCGAGUUUGAUGAUCUACUAGAGCGAUGGUCGGAAGUAUCCGAGAGCACGUCGACUGAUUCGAUCAAAAGCGGUCCGUUGUCCGAUACCUCAUCCGCCGCAGACCCCUAUUCGCCUAACUCUAUAUCAGAUAACUCUGAGAAUGGCACGGCAUUCGAGGACGCGUUUUACGAACAAUUGAUGCGAUUUUCAGCUUCUAUGGCGCCCCAGAGAAACGCGAGCUGUUCCGACCACAAACAUGCGCCCAGGAACAUUGGCUCGCCUCAAGUAGCGCAAGCAUAUCAUGGACCGGAGCAUUUCUUACCAGGCUACUCAAAUUAUAAUCAGUUCUUUGCGAAUUCAGACGGAAUAGUACCGCAGUUAAAUAUAGAUUAUUCCGCGUUGUCAUAGGAAAUAUAUUUUAAAUGACAAAAGCGAGAGUGAAGUGUUUUAAAUACGUGUUAUAGCCUGUUAGAUUUUAAUAUUCCAUGUGCAGCCUACAGUGCUGUAAUUGUAAAUCACUUCGUGCGAAGUAGAAUUAUAUCAGCGAAGUCGACAAAAUUAUUCUCGAUUGCACUAAUAAGAAUUGCUAUUUAUAGCGAAAAUUGGGUGUUUAAAGAUGUGAGAAAAGACUGGAAAAUAUAAAUUAUAUUCUAACAUUGAAAUACAUUCGUUAUGUAAAACCGAAUGAUAGUAGUCAAAGAACUCCAUAAAAUGUGUAUAUAGUUCCAUUUUUUUUUUUUUGCAAUUACGAACUGUCAUUUCUAUCUAAGCUCUUUACGAAUUGUAAUUCCGCUUUCGCGCCAAAGAAAGUUGACGGAAGCAUUAACUACAAAUUAUGAUUUGAAUUACCAAAGAAAACAGUAUGAAAAAGCUGUUAUUAUGGCUUUUAAUAUGGGCCCUUGGAACGCACCGCGCUUAAUAAAUCAUACCAAAAACAUGUUAACACCACAGAAAAUAUCAUAUGUAUCUAAAAAAUACCGUAAUAAACUUUCUAUGUUAUUGUA